UGCCGGAGCUCACCACAGCACUAGACCCAGGCGACGCAAGGAAGAAACACUCUUGCAUCAUGACGGGCAAGGCUCUGGCUGCUGUCCUGACUCUUCUCCUGAUCUCAGCGGUUGGAACAAAAGGUAAGGCCCUGCCACGCUCAGCGAUUGAACUGCGGUGCCAGUGCAUAGGCACCCAUUCCAAGUUCAUCCACCCCAAGUUCAUUCAUAACGUGAACCUCAUCCCCAGUGGACCUCACUGCAAGAAUGUUGAAGUCAUAGCUACCCUGACAGACGGCAGAGAAGUGUGCCUGGAGCCCACUGCUCCCUGGGUGAAGCUGAUCAUCAAGGCAAUUCUGGACAAGGCAAACACCAAACCUGAGACAGUGUCCUAA